AUGGCAAUACUUGACAGAUUGCCUACAAAAGAUAGACUUGCUCGGUUUGGUAAGGUGACUGACAAUGUUUAUGGUUUAUGUGGUGCUGGGAUGGAAUCUCGAAGCCAUAUCUUCUUGGAAUUCUCCUGUUCGAGGGAGAUAAAUUUGUGUAAUUACUUUGCAACACCUGAAGACGCCAUGGAUACCAAGAAGCAAGGCAUAGUCUCCAUUCUCGUAUCGGAUUCCGACACACAGGCUGCCAAAGCUACUUCGCUUAGAAGAACUUUGUCGACCGAUAUGUCGUUGACACAACUAGGGUUCAUGUUGUCUCCCCUGAAAAAGAGUCCUUCAUCCCACGAAUUCCCUGUUUCUUCAUCGUUUGAAGAAGGGGAAGACGAUAAUGAAGCGCCGAGUCAACCCGAUGUCUGGGCUUCAAUUCAACGAAAGAAGAAGGAGGAAGUUGAAAAUCAAGGCCAGUUGGAUGUAUGGAGCUCGAUCGUGUCACAAAAGGCCGUGGAAGAGGCUUCGAACUCUUCCCCGCCUUAUAUUCACCCUCUCGUGAAGCGAUCAGGUAGCUGUUUAAGCAAGAAGAGCCUUGAAAUUUGCACCGAGAGCCUUGGUUCCGAGACCGGCUUCGAUGGGUUUUCUUCGGAAACCGAUGAUAUGGAGGAAGAUAAACGAGAGGAUCAACAACUAUUGUACCAAAAACAAGAACCGGUGGCACCGAUGGUUAUGCCUUGUUUCCAUGGGGAAAAGGAAGCAAUAAUUGCGAAACAUAACUACGAUGUUGGCAAGAAAACGUCAAACCCGUCAUUUCCUCCGCCAAUCUCAUCCCUUCCGGCCAAAGACGGAGCAUCGAGGCGGUUGAAGACUCGUCGUGAUAAUGGAAGAUUGGUCAUUGAAGCUGUUUCAACGCCUUGUUUGAACAACUUUCUUGCUCAACGCCAAGACGGUCGCCUUGUCCUCACUUUUGCCAAUACCAAUAGUGCUGAAAAAGAAGUAAUGGAAGUGGAAGAGUUGGAAGAAGAGUUUGAAAGCUUUGGAGUAAAAGAAAGUGAAAUAGACAUCGAUGAAGAAGGGGAGGAAAGCCAAGAUAGGUUUUCUGAAAUUAAGGAGGCUCCUAAACUGUCUAGUGAAGCAAUCAAUGUGCACAGGUUAGCCGUAAUGAUGAACAAGCCGAUGUGGUCAGCAAAUAGGAACCCAACAUGGCCUAAAGAUAUCAAUGGAAUAGUCAAAUUCGGAGACGAAAAGGAGGGAAAAGUAAAGCCAACAGCCCCACCACAGUCAUUGCCACCACAUCCUCCGGUGUCCAGGCCAAUUUCGGCGGUGGCAGGAGCAGGCACAGUUGUAUCAUUGAAUGCUUAUGAGUGCUACAGGAGGAGGCCGAAUCAGGGCAUGUCAAAGGGACAAGCGGCAGCGGCACUUGAUCAACAGUCACAAGCAAUGAAAGGGAAGAUAAAAGGUGAUGAGUUUGUUCCAUUGUUGAAACGGUACAAGGAACAUAGGAGGUCACUUCUCUUCUGGCCACCACAUUGCAUUGCGACUUCCUGA